AUGUCUACUAAAGAUGUCCUGUUAAACUCUUUACGAUCAUCAGAUAGGUUAGGGAAAGAAAAUACUUCUCUUGUUGGGAAAGCUUUUAAAUGUGACAAUUGUUCUUAUACAUGUACUGAGAACAGUGAUCUUGUGAAACAUUUACGUAUUCACACGGGAGAGAAACCCUACAAGUGUAACCAAUGUUCAUAUACUUGCUCUGAUAAAUCAAGUCUUAUUAUACACCAACGUACUCACACGGGAGAGAAACCUUACAAGUGUAAGGAAUGUUCAUAUACUUGCUCUUUUAAAUCACGUCUUGUCAGACACCAACGUACUCAUACGAGAGAGAAACCCUACAAGUGUAACCAAUGUUCAUUUUGUAGUGCUCGGAAAGGUGAUCUCAUUAGACAUAUGAGGAUUCACACAGGAGAGAAACCCUACAAGUGUAAUGAAUGUUCAUAUUGUAGUGCUCAGAAAGGUGAUCUCAAGAAACAUUAUAUGAGGACUCACACGGGAGAGAAACCCUACAAGUGUAAUGAAUGUUCAUAUACUUCCUCUGAUAAAUCAAAUCUUAUUACACACCAACGUACUCACACUGGAGAAAAACCCUACAGGUGUAAGGAAUGUUCGUAUUCUAGUGCUCAGAAAGGUGAUCUCAAGAAACAUAUAAGGACUCACACGGGAGAAAACCCCUACAAGUGUAAGGAAUGUUCAUAUACUUUCUCUGUUAAAUCAAGUCUUAUUAUACACCAACGGACUCACACGGGAGAGAAACCCAACAAGUGUAAGGAAUGUUCAUAUGCUUGCUCUGAUAAAUCACGUCUUGUCAGACACCACCGUACUCACACAAGAGAGAAACUCUAAAAUUGCCAGGAAUGUUCUUAUACAACUUUUAUACUUGUAUUGUUCUGAUCAGUCACACUUUAUUAGAUACCAGCGUAUUCACGGGUAAAGAAUGUCAGUUUACUUCCACUUUUCUAUUAUUAGUUCAACAACGAGGUAUGAUCAAUGAUUGCAUUUAUUGUUUAGAAAU